CUUUUCCACAUUACUUCAUUUCAUAAAAGCAGCAGUCACACGGCAUUAGAAAAAUAUCUGGAAAAAUCUGUAAUAUUGAUGCCAGUAGAAUGCCAAGCGGGCUUUGAAAAAUCACUAUAGAGACGAUAUGCAGACAGGCCUUUAUAGAAUUGACAGGUUUGACAACAUGCAUGACAUUCCUAAUUCCUUCCUGGAUUCGGAUUCGGGCGAGUCAAAAUAAACAAUGAUUGUGAUAUUAAAAUUGCUUAUUUAAUUGCAAUUAAGAGAUUGUUACAAUUUAGACAAAUUAUAUUAUAUAGUAUCGUAGUUUUAGAAGCUUUAAAACAUGGCUUUUGUGUACCAAGGAGACAGUGAAUUAGAAUCGAAAUCGAAAAAAGCUGCUGAGCGGAUAUCGGAGAACAUGCAUAUAGUAGCAAAUGAGCCUUCAUUGGCUUUGUAUAGACUACAGGAACACGUAAGGAAAGCUUUGCCUCCCAUGGUUGAGAGACGAGUCGAAGUUACCAAAUUACAGCACGAACUGCAAGGAAGGUGCUAUGACGUGGAAUAUGCUCUCAGUGCAGUAAAAUCAAUGGAUGGUGCCGCAACCAGUUUCAAGAACAUCCAAGAAAUGCUGAAGCAAUCAAUAUUUUUAAAACAACAAUUAAAAUAUGAGGAAGCUAGGAGAAAUAAAAAAGAUUCUAAUUCUGUUUACAAACGUCUCUCUGCUCAUAUUGUUCUUGACCUACCGGACCUGUCUGAAUUCUCUAUGGUUAGGGAGACUACGAAUAGGAUCGAGAAUAUGAUGGCACAAGCUAGAGGGUCCUCUGCUGAAUUGCAUAGGUCGCACACUACUUUACAUUAAAAAGGCUAUAUUAAGGUCUGACAGACAUUCCAAUCCCAAUAUUU